AUGUUCACCGCUCGCGCAACAACUGCUCUCUCCUCGACCCUCCGCUCCUCCCGCACCCCCCUCGUUAACCGUUCAUUCCACGCUUCAGCUCCCAUCAUGGUCAAGGUCGGUGACUCUAUUCCGGACAUUGAGUUGAUGGAGGACUCUCCCGGCAACAAGGUCUCCAUCCCCAAGCUCCUCAAGGGCAAGGGUCUCAUCAUUGGUGUCCCUGCUGCCUUCAGUAAGAUUGCUCUCUUCUUCUAG